AGGGGCGGGGCGCUCGCAGAAGGAAGACUCGGGGCAGCGGCACUGCAGAGCAGGGCUCAGUAGCCUUGCUGGCUCACAGUAGCGGGUCACUAGUCCUUCGUUGAGUGGAGGCACGAGGUACCCCGGACGGCGCUGCUGCUGCCUGUUCACCAUCUGGACAACCUCGGAGGCCACCGCGAGGGCUGCGGGCCACCUUCAUUCUGCCGCCUCUGGUGAGGGAGCCUCGCUCUCAGGAGGUGAAGACCCCUCCUUUCUCUGGCGGCCAAGCGUCUUAGGGCGGUGGCCUGAGGACAGAGAGGGGGCGUGCCACCCUCGGGUGAAGAUAGCAUGCCCGUGUAAUACCCCCGCCUCCUGACUCAAGAGCGCUGACAUCGCCCGCCCAGCUGCGCUUGUCUUCCGAGCCUUGACCAUUCUUGGCUGGUCCCGAGCGGCUCCGGCCGCGGGCGCGGCGAUGGAGGAGGAGCUGAAGUGCCCAGUGUGCGGAUCCCUAUUCCGGGAACCCAUCAUCUUGCCCUGCUCUCACAAUGUCUGCUUGCCGUGCGCCCGCACCAUCGCGGUUCAGACCCCGGACGGCGAGCAACACCUGCCCCCGCCGCUCCUUCUUUCGCGGGGUGCCUCCGCUGCCGCCGCCGCGCCCCCUCCGGAUCAGGACGCAGCCGCCGGCGCGACCUGCGGAGGUGCGGGAGGUAGCACAGCCGGAGGCCUGGGCGGCGGGGCGGCCGGUGGCGGAGACCACGCGGACAAGCUGAGCUUGUACAGCGAGACUGACAGCGGUUAUGGCUCCUACACCCCCAGCCUCAAGUCCCCCAAUGGCGUUCGCGUGCUGCCCAUGGUGCCUGCGCCCCCGGGCUCUUCGGCCGCCGCGGCCCGAGGCGCCGCCUGCUCCUCGCUCUGCUCGUCCUCCAGCUCCAUCACCUGCCCGCAGUGCCACCGCAGCGCUUCCCUGGAUCACCGCGGCCUGCGAGGCUUCCAGCGCAACCGGCUACUGGAGGGCAUUGUGCAGCGGUACCAGCAGGGCCGUGGGGUUGCUGCGGGGGCCUCUGCAGCCCCGGCGGUGGCCAUCUGCCAGUUGUGCGACCGCACCCCACCGGAGCCGGCAGCCACUCUCUGCGAGCAAUGCGACGUGCUCUAUUGCGCCACCUGCCAGCUCAAGUGCCACCCGUCCCGGGGCCCCUUCGCUAAGCAUCGGCUAGUUCAGCCGCCGCCGCCCCCCACACCCCCAGAGGGUGCCCCUGCUUCAGCCGGCACUUCCACCGCCUCCAGCGCAGGAGGAUGCAGGAGCCCAGGGGGUGCCGGGGCCAGCGCGCCGCGAAAGUUCCCCACAUGCCCCGAGCACGAGAUGGAGAACUACAGCAUGUACUGCGUGAGCUGUCGCAGCCCGGUGUGCUACAUGUGUUUGGAGGAAGGCAGGCACAGCAAGCACGAGGUGAAGCCGCUGGGAGCAACGUGGAAACAGCACAAGGCCCAGCUGUCUCAGGCCUUAAACGGGGUUUCAGAUAAGGCCAAAGAGGCAAAGGAGUUUCUGGUUCAGCUCAAGAACAUACUGCAGCAGAUCCAGGAAAAUGGGCUAGACUAUGAAGCUUGCCUGGUGGCUCAGUGUGAUGCCCUGGUGGAUGCCCUGACUCGGCAAAAAGCCAAGCUGCUCACCAAGGUGACCAAAGAGAGGGAGCACAAGCUGAAGAUGGUUUGGGACCAGAUCAAUCACUGCACUCUGAAGCUACGCCAGUCCACAGGCCUGAUGGAAUACUGCCUGGAGGUGAUCAAGGAAGAUGACCCCUCUGGGUUCCUGCAGAUCUCAGACGCCCUGAUCAAGCGCGUGCAGACCUCGCAGGAGCAGUGGGUCAAAGGCGCCCUGGAGCCCAAAGUAUCUGCGGAAUUUGACCUGACUCUGGACAGUGAGCCGCUGCUGCAAGCCAUCCACCAGCUGGAUUUCGUCCAGAUGAAAUUGCCACCUGUACCCCUGCUGCAGCUGGAGAAGUGCUGCACCCGGAACAACAGUGUCACCCUGGCCUGGAGGACUCCGCCCUUCACCCACAGCCCUGCCGACGGCUACAUCCUGGAGCUGGAUGACGGCGACGGAGGGCAGUUCCGGGAAGUGUAUGUUGGCAAGGAGACACUGUGCACCAUCGACGGGCUUCACUUUAACAGCACCUACAAUGCCAGAGUCAAAGCCUUCAACUCCUCCGGUGUUGGGCCCUACAGCAAGACUGUGGUCCUGCAGACCUCUGAUGUGGCCUGGUUCACUUUUGACCCCAACUCUGGCCAUCGGGACAUCAUCUUAUCUAAUGACAACCAGACAGCCACCUGCAGCAGCUACGAUGACCGAGUGGUGCUGGGCACAGCCGCAUUCUCCAAAGGCGUACACUACUGGGAGCUGCACGUGGACCGGUAUGACAACCACCCGGACCCAGCCUUCGGGGUGGCCAGGGCCACUGUGGUCAAGGACAUGAUGCUGGGCAAGGACGACAAAGCCUGGGCCAUGUACGUGGACAACAACCGCAGCUGGUUCAUGCACUGUAACUCCCACACCAACAGGACCGAGGGCGGUGUAUGCAAGGGGGCCACUGUGGGCGUCCUGCUGGACCUGAACAAGCACACUCUGACCUUCUUCAUCAAUGGGCAACAGCAGGGCCCCACAGCCUUCAGCCACAUGGAUGGGGUCUUCAUGCCUGCCCUCAGCCUCAACCGAAACGUGCAGGUCACUCUGCAUACAGGACUGGAGGUGCCAACAAACCUAGGACGGCCAAAGCUGUCAGGCAACUAA